AUGCUACAACGAAAUAUCAUUGAGCCUUCAAAUAGUCCAUGGGCGUCCAGUAUAGUGUUAGUAAGGAAGAAAGGCGGUACCACCAGAUUUUGUAUAGAUUACAGAAAGCUGAAUAAAAUUACGAAGCAUGAUGCAUAUCCUUUGCCAAGGAUAGAUGAAUCUCUGGAUCAGCUUAGUGGUGCUACCUGGUUUUCUACGUUAGAUUUAUGUUCAGGGUAUUGGCAAGUGGCCGUUGACUCUCAAGACAAGCAGAAAACAGCUUUCACAACAAGACGAGGCUUGUAUGAGUUUUCAGUAAUGCCAUUUGGCCUGUGCAACGCGCCAGCAACAUUUGAACGUCUUAUGGAAACAGUGCUGCGCGGUUUGCAAUUUGAAAUCUGUCUUAUUUAUCUUGACGACAUUAUAGUCUUUGGAAAGAAUUUUGAAGCUAUGAUAGAAAAUCUCUCAAGAGUGUUUGACCGUCUUGAAGAAGGAGGACUGAAACUAAAACCGAAAAAGUGUACUCUUUUUGCCAGACAAGUUGAGUUUUUGGGUCAUGUUGUAUCUUCAAAUGGGAUAGCUACAAGUCCAGAUAAGACCAAAGCAAUUCAAGAUUGGAAUACGCCUUCCAAUAUUACAGAAGUAAGAUCAUUUAUUGGUCUGUGUAGUUAUUAUAGGAAGUUUGUCAAGGAUUUUGCCUCUAUUGCAAAACCUUUGCAUGACUUGACGUCCAAAGAGAAACCCUUUAAAUGGACAGAGGAAUGUCAGAUUUCAUUUGACAAGCUAGAACAAAUUCUGACUUCAGAACCAAUUCUUACACAUCCAGAUUUUGAAAAGGAAUUUAUCUUAGACACUGAUGCGAGUGAUAAAGCCAUUGGUGCUGUACUUUUGCAGAUUGAGCAAUGUCAGUCACUACAGUUAGCUCAGAAAAAUGACAAUGAUCUGCAAAAGUUACGGGAAUGGAUUGAGGAAGGUUCCUCUCCUGGUUCUAAGAAAGUGGCACCAGAAAACUAUUUUCUUAAGUCAUUGGUUUCCCAGUUUGAUAGACUGUGCAUUAAAGAUAAUCUAAUCUGUCGAAAGUGGGAAGAAUUGUCGUCAAAGCAGACACUUUAUCAGUAUGUAGUCCCAUACUCUGAGCGCCGUAAUGUUCUUAGACAAUACCAUGACGAGAAAACUUCAGGUAAUCUUGGUAUUAAGAAGACAUUGUCUAAAAUUCGCAAUAGAUAUUGCUGGCCUGGGUUACAGCGGGAUGUGCGACAGUAUAUAGCUUGUUUUGAGCUUUGUUCUAAAAGGAAGAGUGACAAUGUAACCAAGUGUGCACCCAUGAAGGUAGUACAUUCUGGUUAUCCUUUUGAGAGAAUAGCAACAGACAUUUUAGGCGAGCUACCAGUCACAAAGAAUGAAAACAAGUACAUCCUGGUGGUUGCAGACUAUUAUACUAAAUGGACAGAAAGUUUUGCAAUGCCAAAUAUGGAAGCAAGUACGAUUGCAAAGAUCAUAGUAGAAGAGGUGAUAUGUCGAUUUGGUACACCAGCAGUCAUCCACUCAGACCAAGGUAGGCAGUUUGAAAGCAAACUGUUCUCCGAAAUGUGUACUUUGCUUGGAAUUCGAAAGACACACACAACGCCAUAUCAUCCCCAAUCGGAUGGUAUGGUGGAACGUUUCAAUCGGACUCUCACAACUAUGCUCAGCAAUUUUGUUAAUGACAAUCACACGGAUUGGGAUGAGCAUUUACCUUAUGUCAUGAUGGCAUACAGGUCCACAAUCCAUGAAACCACUGGUUUUUCGCCGAAUUCAUUAAUGCUUGGAAGGGAGGUUUGCACUCCUUUAGACAUCAUGUAUGAUGUACCCUCUGCUAUUAAACCAAUACCUCAAAAUAAAUGGGUUUGGGAACUGCAAGAAAGACUUGAAAAUGCACAUAAAAUUGUACGCACAAAUACACAACAAGCCAUGGUUCGUCAGAAACAUUACCAUGACAGAAAAUUGAAUUGGGCAAAAUUCAAGGAAAAUGAUGAGGUCUAUGUUUACUUUCCCAGAACUAAGACAGGACAGUCCCCAAAAUUCACGAGUUAUUGGCAUGGACCAUACAAAGUCAUUAAAGUAAUGUCUGAUGUAACUUAUAUGGUGAAUUGCGGAGCACGGGGGUCAAAUCAGGUCAUACACGUCGAUAGAAUGAGAUUGAAACGACAUCAAACAUUAUUUGGAGAAACUCCAGAUGUUGUAGAACAGAGAGACGACAGAAUUCUUGACAAAAACGAAUAUCUGACUGAUGACAUAAAUGACGAGAAAGCAAUUGCAAAAGAUACAAUUAUUGAGCAUCAGGGUAGUACUGAUGGGAUAGGUUCUGUUGGUAAUAGAGUUACCUACACGACAGUUUAG